AUGAGUGAUGAUAAUAGAGCUCUUAUUGAACAAAUUGCUCGACUUACGGCUCAACUUUCACAUUUACAAUCUAUAGUUUACCAUCAACAGUCCACCAAUUCGUCAUUGGCAACCCAAGAUAUCGUAAAUAACCAAUUAAAUCCAGUAACAAUGAUGUCAGUAAAUGAACAUAAUUCUUCGAAACGUGUAUUGUUUCCAAUGUCAGAAGAACAACGUAAAUCCAUUGAAAUGGAUAAUGAUCAUAAUACUCGUAUUGUUGUAUGUACACAAAAGAAGAGACGAGCGCUGGGAGUUUCAUCUUCUACAAAAAUUCAAGACAAGGGAAUACCUAUGCCGAACCAACCUAAGCAAAGUAAGGAUAAACAACAGCAAAGCAUGGCUUAUGCUAACAUUCAACCUCAAAGCAAUCUUAGUAUGAACAAUCAUAUGAAUGAACAACAAGAGCUUCAUAUAUCAGAAGAAGCAAAACGGUUUGCUCAGACUAGAUACCAUUUUUCUCCUUUUAUUAUUGUUGCUGAUCGGGAUAUUCGUGAUAAGUUAAUUCUUGAAGAUUUAUGCAAAUUUGCGAAGGAUAAUCAUCAGUUUAAUAUUGAUAUUGCUGGCUAUCGUCGAACUUCAACUACUGGUGCACAUGGAGAAUAUAAAAUUUUACUAUUUGUUAAAAAUAUAGAGACAUUUGCGUUCUUGUUAGAUGAAAAAAUCUGGCCACAAGAAUUGUGUGGACUUAAAUAUAAAUUAAUAUGUCCUCCGAUUCCACCUCAACUAUCAGCAAUUAUACCUGAUGUACCAUUGAAUAUUAACUUCCAAGAAUUUUCGGAUGAAAUUCGUGCUGUUUAUAAGAACGUAGUAUCAGUAAUUCGUCUACGCAAUAGCACACAACAGGAGAUCACAGCAGUUAAAUUGGAGUUCAACUCCGCUAUGUCUCGUAAAGAAAUUUUGGAUAAAAAACGUAUUCUAAUUACGGGAUUGUCGUUGGAUAUUGUGGAAUACUUGGCCCAAGCUCAUAUUUUGAUUUGUUCACAAUGCAUGCGUAUUGGACAUUUUCGUAAGAAUUGUCCAUAA